AGGAAUAGAUCGUAUUUCUCUCGUAAGACAUUCAAUAUUUGAUUGGUCAAUACAUUCGACUGGGAGAUGGACUAAAUKAUGGCAUUUCCCUCCAAAAAUAUGUGUGUGUGCUUGCUUGUCUUGAACAUCAUUUUAUGGCUCUGAGUGAAUCUAUGCAAAUCCAAUCCAUGACGCAAUGUAAUGUGAUCAUCCACUACAAACAAUAUGGCGGCGCCCAGUGGUGCUAAACUUCUAUCAAGAGCAGGAUUGGGGGGUUUCCUCCAGAGGGUGUGUGGACUGUGGGGGUGUGGCUCACCCUGGGGUGUCCAAUCCCAGCAGCACCGGCAGUUCUUCUGGAGGAAGUGGAAGAGCUCUCACAGUGUAGUCAGUCCGGCUGUCGUCAGACCAGCCUAUUCAGUGCCCAAGCACAUCCUGAGGCCUGACUAUGUGAACAGUGGUCAGGUCCCAGACUGGCCAGACUACAUAGAGAUCAAAGACCAGGAGCAUCCAGGCCUGACCAGAGCCUGCCAGCUAGCCAGACAGAUACUGCUGCUGGCCGGACGCAGUCUCAAAGGUAUUGGCAUGAUGACAGACGAGAUAGAUUUUCAUCGUCCACCAGGAGACGAUUCCGUCACAACGCGUACCCCUCCCGCAACUGAAAGAUCUGGGGGCCUUUUCCCCAAAUCAGUCUGCACCUCGGUCAAUAACGUGGUCUGCCAUGGCAUACCUGACACCCAGCAACUACAAGAUGGAGACAUUAUCAACGUUGAUGUGACGUGAGUCUAUCUGGAGGGUUACCAUGGUGACACUUCAGAGACGUUCCUGAUUGGCUGUGUGGACGAGGUGGGGCUAAAGCUAGUGAAGACAGCCAGGAAGUGUAGAGAUGAGGCCAUUGCUGCCUGUAAACCUGGGGCUCCACUGUGUGUUAUAGGUAACACUAUCAGUGAAAUAGCCCAUUCCAAUGGUUUCCAUGUGUGUCCCGACUUCAUUGGGCAUGGCAUAGGCUCCUACUUCCAUUGCCAUCCUGAGAUCUGGCACCAUGCUAAUACCAAUGAUAUGACCAUGGAUGAAGGGAUGGCUUUCACUAUAGAGCCCAUAUUGAUGGAAGGAUCGUCAGAGUUCAGAAUCUUGAAGGACAAGUGGACAGCAGUGUCUGCAGACGACAAGAGGUCAGCCCAGUUUGAACACACAGUAGUCAUCACCACUGACGGUGUGGAUAUUCUCACCAAACUACCCGAGGAGGAUGAGCCAUCGCCAAUAGGCGUCUAAUCCCUCUUUUCAGAUCAGCUGUUCACACCCCAGUCACAUCAACAUCUAUGAAGAGGUAAAACCCCAAACUGACCCAGGGUUAGCACCAGAGAGAGACUAAGAAACUGGGCAUUGAUAUUGACUCAAAUGAGACUGCACUAGUGCAGUAUUUUGUAGGACUUCUGUGUAGAAAAUACAUUUUAUUAUUUAAAUAAAGCUUUAGUUCACUUUUAA